AUGAAAAACCUUGACGCAAACAAAUGUAUUAAGCUUAUUAACGGUUUGAAGCAAAAGAAGAAUUAUCCUUAUUUCUCCUUACAAUGUUUAAAAAAUAUAAGUAAUGAGAAGGAGAAGAUUCAUGAUAAGCUUUUAACAUUUAUUCCAAAUAAUAGUAGGAAAAUAAUAAACUCAGGUACCAAGAGUAAUUAUGACAGUAGGUUUGAUAAGUUAAUUCAAAAUAAUAAGAAUAAUAAGAAUUAUAAUAAUAUUAAUUAUAAAGUUAUUGAUCAUAAUAAGUCUAAUGAGGAAUGUAAUGUAAAAAACAAUUUUUCAAUAAAUAAUAAAAAUGUACAUAUAUCUGAUAUAAAUGUAAAGCAAAAAGAUAAGGGGGAUGAUUUAGUAAUACAUAUAAAAUAUGAACCUGAUAAUAAUAAAAAUGGAAAAAAAAAUGAAGGUCAACAAAUAUUAUAUAAUUAUGAUGAAAUGAAUUAUGGUAAUGAGGAUAAGACCAAAUUAUAUAUUAUGAAUAAUUAUGAUGAAGUAGGAACAAAAUGUAAUUAUAAGGAGUAUGUGUCUUAUAAUAUGAAUCCACAUGAAUAUGGAAAAAGGGAAGAUGUGAACAUUAAUGGUAAUAAUAUAAACAAUAUAAAUAAUAUAAAUAGUAUGAAUAAUAUAAAUAAUAUAAAUAGUAUAAAUAGUAUAAAUAAUAAUAAUAUUAAUAAUUCUUAUAAUAGUUAUAAUAAUUGUAAAUAUAUAAAUAAUAAUAAUAAUAAUGAUUAUAAUAAUUUUAGUCGACAUGGAGAAAAACAAAAGAAGUAUACAAUGUUUUUAAAGAAAGAUGAUAUAUCAAAAAAUAUAGAUCAAAAAGAACAUAUUAAUAAUUUAAAUAGUAUAAAUAAUUUAGAUAAUAUGAAUGAAACAUGUGAUGAUACUACUUCUUGUACACAUAGUAAGAACACAAGAAGUGAUAAAAAGACAGAUGCGUCAAUUUCAGGAAAGGAUGAUAUCGUGAGAGAUAGUUAUUCAUCGGAUAAAAAAAAGGAGAACAUGGAAAAUUUUGCCAAGGUUAAAAUAACGAAGGAAAAUAUUAUUAAUAUUAACGAAAUAAAAGAAGAAGAUGUUAAGAAAGUUAAAAAGGUUAUGGGACAUAAAAAGGAAACAAACGAAUAUAAUAUAAAAGAUGAAAAAAAUGAUAAUAUAUAUGAUAUUAAGGUAGAUAUAAAAAAGGAAGAGAAGGAUAACAUAUAUGAUAUUAAGGUAGAUAUAAAAAAUGAAGAACUACCCAAAAGUACCAUUGCAAGUGAGGUACCAAACCAUAAUUCUAAUGUUUUAAAAAAUGAUAAUAUUGGAAAGAAGAAUUAUUUUAGUAGUGGUAGUAUGAAAAGUGGUAAUGUGCUUAAAGAGGAAAUAAAAUCAGAUGAUAGUAAAAUAAAUUUUCAAAUGAAAAAUGGGAAAAGUAGUAAGAAAUGUUUAUAUCCUCAUGAGAUUGUGGAAUAUUUGAAUAAAUAUAUAAUAGGUCAAAGUGAAGCUAAAAAAGUUGUUGCUAAUGCAUUACGACAAAGAUGGAGAAGAAUACAAGUUAGUGAUGAUAUGAAAAAGGAUAUUAUACCAAAAAAUAUUUUAAUGAUAGGACCUACAGGUGUUGGUAAAACAGAAAUAGCAAGACGUAUAUCUAUGUUUGUCGAUGCACCGUUUAUUAAAGUAGAAGCAACAAAGUUUACAGAAGUUGGAUUUCAUGGUAAAGAUGUAGAUCAAAUUAUAAAAGAUUUGGUUGAAAUAGCUGUAAAAAGGCAAAAAACAAAAUUUGAAAUUGAGAUCAGAGAACAAGCUGAAGAAACUGUUGAAAAUAUUAUACUUUAUUCAUUAUUAGGUAAUAUAAAAGAAGAAGAAAAAAAUAUCUGGAGGAAAUAUUUGAAAGAUGGAUCAUUAGAUGAUAAGGUUAUUAGUAUAGAUAUACCUAAUUAUAUUAAUAACAAUAUUUUUUCAAAUGAUUCUGUUGAAAAUGCUGUAAAGGAAGCCUUAAGUAAUCAUCAGAAUAUCAAAAGUGUAAAAAUAAUACAUCAAAAUAUAAAUAAACAGAGUGAUAAAAAAACAAUGACUAUUAGGGAAGCAAGACAAAAAUUAUUACAACUAGAAAUUGAUUCUUCAAUAAAUCAAGAUACGAUUUUAAAAACAGCUAUAAAUUCUGUAGAAGAAGAAGGAAUUGUUUUUAUAGAUGAAAUAGAUAAAAUUUGUUCAAAAUCUAAUUCUUCAUAUAAUGGACCAGAUGCAAGUGCUGAAGGUGUACAAAGAGAUCUUCUUCCUUUAAUCGAAGGAUGUGUUAUAAAUACAAAAUAUGGUAAUAUAAAUACUAAUUAUAUUUUAUUUAUAGCUUCAGGGGCUUUUCAAAGAGUUAAACCUAAUGAUAUGCUAAAUGAAUUACAAGGAAGAUUACCAGUACAUGUUACAUUAUCUAGUUUAACCAUAAAAGAUUUUAUAGAUAUAUUAACAAAAACACAUAAUAACUUAUUACAACAAAAUAUAGCUCUACUAAAAACAGAAGGCAUAGAUCUCAAAUUUACUGAUGAUGCUAUUGAAACUAUAGCCAAUGCAGCACAUGAUAUGAAUUUCUAUGUAGAAAAUAUUGGUGUCAGACGAUUACAUACAAUCAUUGAAAAAAUUAUGGAAGAUAUUAAUUAUGAUGUAUACAAUUAUGUAAACCAAUCUAUUGUCAUUGAUAAAGACAAAGUCAACAAAUCGCUGGAAGGUUUUAUUAAGCAAUACGACUUAAAAAAAUAUAUCAUAUAA